AAAAAAAUUAGCGCCGGAGUCAGCUGUUUACGUAAAUCAACCUUCUUUUGCCAAUCUACUCCUUGCUGUCUUUUCACAUAACACCUUCACUGUUCCAGAAAUCCUUUGGACAAAAUGGCGAUAGGCGCUUUUCCGGCCGCCAAAUUAGGUGUUUUGGCUAUAAAGCAGAUUAGCAAACCCAUAGCUAACGUCAUUAAAAGUAAUGCCAAGCAGAGCCCUGUAUUUCGGAAGUACGUUUGUAUGCCACCGGCGCAGUUAUACAACUGGAUUGAGGUAAAGACAAAAAUGUGGGCAAUGAAUCUAGGCAAGCCAGUCGCAGUCCCUCCUCUGAACGAGGCCAUGGCCAUUGAAUUAGGUGCAAACUUGUUGGGUGAAGCCAUUAUAUUUGUGAUAGGCGCUGGUGUGCUGAUAUUUGAAUAUACGCGUCAAUCCAACAAUGAAGCGAAAAAGCAAGAAACUCUACGACAGGAAAAGGCCGCACUAGCGUUAACACUAGCCGAAAUGGGUUUCCGACUAGAGCGACAGGAUGCACAAAUCAGGGAAAUGACACGCGCACUGGCAGAUUUAGAGUCCCGAAAUAUAUUCAAAUGGACCCGAGAAACAAUAGCCGAAUACCAGCCCUUCAACCCAAAUACCCCCGAUCAGACUAGUAAGGUCGUAAAAGACUUCGAUGGGGACUAUGACCCAAAUGGAGGUUUACUCUACAGAGCUUUGAAUUUCCUAGAGACGCGUGUUUUUAUCGAUGGACACAAAAGCAAGCAAGCAGCGUCGCCUUUACUUGUCAGCAAUCAACUGGAUAUAGCACCGUAUGUGAAUGUAGAACAUGUCGGGGAGGAUGUCAGAACACCUCCGCCACAACUAAAGCAAUCACAAGCGCAGUGACUAGCGGAGAGGCGUGAAAUGCUGCAAGUGAAGAACGAACUAGCCAAGUUAGAAUAUGUGAUCGAAAUGGCUACCACAGAAAAAUAAUGCAUUCUUGGGUGCAUCAUAACUUAGGUUAUUUUAUAUGUGUAAUAUUAUUUAAAAAGUUUGCCACGCCUUUGUACAUGUACGAGUUUUACAUUUAAUCCUAAUGUAGAAUUCCAUUUGCAUUUUCGUUUUCGGUUCGAUUCUUGGCUCAGGAGAACGUGCUUAUGCACUACAAUGUGUAUGCACAAUGUGUUGCAUACAUUUUGAAGUUGACAGUUUUGUAAAUAUUAUUUAUUUAAUAAGACAUACACACAAAAUGUUUUAUUGCUUGAGAUUUGAAAUAAAAAAAAACGUUGACUAAA